GCAGCUACAAGUGUCGAUCGAUCUCGAUCUCGGAGUGUGCGCCACUUGCGCGUCACCGAGUGCGCACGACGUCUUGCUUAUUGCUGCUGCUUGCUGGCACAGAGACUCUCACAGUCUCAUUCAACAUGCAUUUGCGCACACUUACACGGCCGGGCAAUCUCGUUUUAUAAGAAAUGAUAGCAAAGCGCCCAUUUAAAUGGAUGGGAAAUGAUCCUGCUGCGCCCUGUGGUGCCUAAAACCUCCUUCGUCGCUCUUCGCUUCGCUUAUCCAAGUAGCUCCGCUUUUUGGAAGGAAAGGAGACAAGGAUGGCAGCUUCACAUAACGCAUCGAACCUCACCUCCAACUACACGAACCAGUUUGUGCAGCCGCCAUGGCGCGUCGCCCUCUGGUCGGUCGCCUACAGCUCGGUUCUGGCCGUGGCCGUGUUCGGCAACCUCAUCGUCAUUUGGAUCAUUCUGGCUCAUAAACGCAUGAGGACGGUGACCAACUAUUUUCUGCUCAACUUGGCCUUCUCUGACGCCUCCAUGGCCGCCUUCAACACUUUGAUCAACUUUAUUUACGCAGCCCACGGGGAGUGGUACUUUGGGGAAGCUUACUGCAAAUUCCACAACUUCUUCCCGGUCACGUCCGUGUUCGCCAGCAUCUACUCCAUGACUGCAAUCGCCGUGGACAGGUACAUGGCCAUUAUCCAUCCUUUGAAGCCUCGGAUGUCAGCCAAGGCCACCACCGGAGUCAUUACCUGCAUCUGGAGUCUGGCUGUGGUCCUGGCCUUUCCCCUCUGCUACUUCUCCAAAAUCAGAGUUCUGCCUCGCAGGACCUUAUGCUACGUGGCUUGGCCCCGCAUGGCAGACGACCCCGUCAUGUACCACAUUAUAGUGACCGUGCUGGUGUAUGUGCUGCCUCUAGUAGUGAUGGGUAUCACUUAUUCCAUCGUGGGAGUGACUUUGUGGGGAGGGGAAAUCCCUGGAGAUUCAUCUGACAACUAUCACGGACAACUACGAGCUAAAAGGAAGGUUGUAAAGAUGAUGAUCAUUGUUUUGGUGACCUUUGCCCUCUGCUGGCUGCCCUAUCACAUCUACUUCAUUGUGACGGGCCUCAACAAGCACCUGAGCAAGUGGAAGUCCAUCCAGCAGGUUUACCUGUCAGUGCUGUGGCUGGCCAUGAGCUCCACCAUGUACAAUCCCAUCAUCUACUGCUGCCUUAACAGCAGGUUUCGAGCUGGCUUCAAGCGAGCUUUUCGCUGGUGCCCUUUCAUCAAGGUGUCCAGCUACGACGAGUUGGAACUCCGCUCCACCCGGCAGCACCCAACCCGGCAGAGCAGCAUGUACACGCUCUCCCGAAUGGACACCACCAUGGUUGUGGUUUACAACCCUGCCGAGGGCGAGGGCGGGGGCAGCGGGAGCGGCGGAGGUGGCUCUGAACGGAAGUGGUCCAUGUCCUCUCGGAAGAAGAGCUACAUCACGUCUCGCUACACACCCGCCGGUAGCAGCAGCGGAAGCAUAUCAAUACAAAAUGGAAGCCUGACGAAUUCUCAAGCUGAGGAAUUCUCUUGAGUGAGGUGACAAGCAUGCAUGCAAUUCUUGUACACAAUGCGUGAUGCACUGUACAUACAAACCUUUCAUUUGUGUAAUGAGAAAAUGUGCUUCACACAAGCAAGUCUCAAGCGAUGUUUGGCUCCAAUCAUAUCGAAUGCCUCCUGCAAGAGUGCAUUCCUGCUCAGCCUAAAAGCGCUAUCACUAGGUAACAUCUAAAUGUUAAUUGCAACCUUAUUUUCGGAGCGUCUCGGCCCUGUGGAUCCAAUUGUGGCUGUUAAAAUUAUAAGAUUUGUUUGUUCUGCUUGAGUUUAACACUGCAUGCUGGAAUUGCAGUGUGCUGUACGAAGGAAAAACAUCAGACAAUACUUUGUGGUCGUGGUUGUAAAUAUGUAUGGUUAUUUUCCAUCAGUAUUAACUGUGAACUUUAAAGUGGGGGACGUAAGUAUUUGAUCCCUUUUGGGUUUUUUUUAAAAUAAGUUUACUGUUAGAUGUGAACAGCCCAUAAUUUUAUGGUAGGUUUAUUGUAAAAGAUGAGGGAUAUCAAGAAAAUAACUUAAAUAAUUAAAUCAAUUAAAUAAUGACUUAGCACUUGGUGGAACAACUCUUGUUGGCAAGCACAGAGGUCAGACGUUUCUUGUAGUUGGUCACCAGGAGGGAUUUUGGUACAAUCAAGCUGUUCAAAUACUGAAGGUUUCAAGGCUGUUGCUUGGCAACUCAAAGUUCCAAUUACUUGCACAGAUUUUGUAUGAGAUUUAAGGGUGAAGUUUAAAAAAAACAAAACACAAGAGGAUCAAAUAAUUAUUUCCCCCUCAGUAUGUUUUAUGUGGAACUACUGUUUUUCUCCACUGAAUAAAUGAAUGUAGAGUUACCUUUUACAUGUAAAUACACCUGGGCAAUCAAGUAUCAAGCCUACUUGGAACGUCUGGGGCGCCCGCCUUUCUUUUUCUUUUUUUUCUUUUUUUUUAAAUCUAAUCGAGAUAAGGAAAAAUGACCUGCAUUUCACACAGUUGCAUUCUGCUGUAAAGCUACGAUGCAUCGUUAAAGCUUUAUGUCCACUGGGUUUUCAAAUAAAAUACACGUACAGUCGUCACUAGCCACUUCACGGUUCAAGUUUCGCAGCUUCGCUCUAUCACGGUUUUUCAAAAUAAAUUAAUGAAUAAAUGAUCUGUGUUUUGUGGCCAAUUAUUAGCUACAAAUAUGCAUAUUUAUACAAAUGUUAUGUAUUGACGGCCUAAAUUCAGCACUUUCAAAGCAUUAGAAUGACUAAAUGAACAAAAAUACAAAUAUAGGGCAUUUCAAAGACGCAUAUAUGAUACGUCACCUUGUACACUGGUCAUUAGGUGUUAGCAAUGUUACUGUAGCGACGGGAGUAUUGUGUCGUUCGGAGCUGCUUUAUAGAGUAUAGGGUAUAGAGGGCAGGGACGUUCUGCAUGCUGGGUUAAGCUAACUUGUAGGAAGUAAGUCAGUUGAAGAAGAGAACUUUAGUAAGUGUGGAACUGUUCAUGCUGUUUUGAGCAUGUAAGACAUCGUGCCCGGUGUCUGUUUCAAAUGAAAAGGUUUUGCAGCCUUCUGUCUUGGUGUCAUUCAGCUGCCAUUACAUUACAUUGAUGAGAAAAUUGCCACCGCAGGAAGUAUGCGGUUCAGAAAAAAACAACAGGGAGCUCUCCCAAUGCUAACGUGUGAGUCUAUGGUAUGUUGUAUUUAUGUCUUAAGUAGGGUUGGGUAUCGAGUCUGGAGCCUUCGAUUCCUAGUUUCGAUGCCCACUUUACUGACCUGAAGAAAUAGCCGCAAACACCAGCGAAGAAGAAGCGGCUAGAAAAUGUGGGUUAACUUCGUAAAAGAGAGCGGUCGGCCCAGUGUAACAUUUGCAACACAAUGAUAUCACUCAAAGGAGGGUGCACGAUCAACAUGAUUAAUGUUCACACAUUCAUUGUGUUGGAAUAACACAAUACCUAUUCUUUGAAGUGCUACAUCUGACUCCCUCUAAGCAAGAAGAACCAGGGAAGUCAAACAAUGAAUGAUGUCUAUCUAAUGCCAGUGUAACCCAGGGUUUCAAGAUACUAGCUGAUGUGGAAGUCCGGUAUAAAUAAAGGACGGCUACGGCUAGGCAAAUUUAUUCAUUUGUACAACGUCCGUCUCUGUUAGCAACAGUCAGGGGACCUUCUCAACGCACACAACACACUUCUAGCCUUCCAAAUAAGAGCGCUUUGGGCUACUGUUUACUUGUGUUACCAAAAUAAGGAUGUCAAAAAAUAGCUUACACCAUCAUUGAGGCAGCAAACAAAGUAUACUUACUACUUUUCAAAAUUAAACAUCUUUUGUGAACGAGUACUCCUGUAAAAAGACAUUUAUAUUCAAGUUGAAUGGUGUAUACUGUUCGAAAAUAGCCUUGGAAGAAAUUCAUAGUAAAGUUGAUAAAACGUUCAUAUCAUUAAAAAAAAUGUAUGGUAGUUCAGACAUUUCAUCCAAAACGAAUUGUGGUUAGCGCCCUCAUUUAAACCAUGAAACUUUUAUGACCCUGCCUCUUAAAAGCAUCUGGAUCAAGAAUCGUUUGGAACCAGAAUCGAAACGAGGAAUCGGAAUUGGAACCAGAAUCGUUCAAAUUAAAAAAAUGCCCAACCCUUGUCUUGUGUAAAGGUGACUAUAGGACUGUUAUUUCAUCUCUUGAGGGUUCUAUCCAUCCAUCCAUUUUCUAUACCGUUUCUAUAGGGUCGUUCAUUAGGGUCACGGGGGCAUGCUGGAGCCUAUCCCAGCUGACUUUGGGCAACAGGCGGGGUACACCCUGGUCGCCAGCCAAUCAAACAGACAAAUAGACAAACAACCAUUCACACCUAUGGACAAUAUAGAGUCGUCAAUUAACCUAACAUGCAUGUUUUUGGGAAUGUGGGAGGAAGCCGGAGUACCCGGAGAAAACCCACGCACACACGGGGAGAACAUCCAAACCCCACACAGAAAUGCCCGGGGGAGAUUCGAACCCAGAUCUUCCCGAUCUCCAGGCUGUUCCUGUGUUGGCCAACAUGCUAACCACUAGACCACCGUGCGGCCCUUGAGGGCUCUAAUAAAUCAAUUUUAAAUGUAAUUUAAUUUAAAUUUUGAUUAAUUGAAAAACCAUAUUUAAAAGGUCUUAAACAGGUUUUGUGUGCUCUAACUACACGGUCGGGUCUGGAACCACUUAACCACAAUAUAGGAGGGAAUACUGUACCAUGUAAUUUAGAACAACCAAAAGACAAGCCUCUCUGUGCUGUAUGUGUUGGUGUUUUUUCUUGCUGUAAAUUAGCAUAAAUAAUAAUAUAACUAAAUUAAAACAAUAAUAUUUUUUUAAUGAAUAGAAUCCAGAAAUUGCACAGAUUGGAUCACGUUUAAUAUAAUUGUAUACUAAUUGUUCUUGUUGUGGUGAGCCAGUACAACAUGAGUUAUGAAUGUUUGGAGACUUCUUGAAAGUACAGCACCCUAGAAUGUGAAGUAAAAUGUAUUGCGCUCUUAAUGUCAAAUAUUUGUCUUAAAAAUGUGUCUGUUACUGUGUGUCUGUGAUAACGCUCUACUUUUGCUGUAUUUCUGAAAGAUGCCAGGAUGUUUUUUGUAAUGCAAUCAUUUGCGAUGUUAAAGGAAGAUGGCAUUUUGUGUGUCUUUGCAAUAAGCAAAAUGGUAUUUUACAAUGUUAAAACAAUGUCAUCAUAAUAACCAUUAUGUUUUAUUGCUGGUUAAUUACGAUCAGCAAAUGUGAAGGCCUUUAAUUACUUAAUUGGAAUAGUUUUGCUUACUUGUUUUGAAAGGGAAAAUAUCAUUGUGUAACAAUAACAAGUAGCUACAGUCUUUAUUUUUUUUGUUUUACUUUUAUGUGCAUUCUGCAUCACAGAGCUGGCAAAGUCCCUAAAUAAAGAACCAGGCACUGCAAUGUCUUGGUGAAUUUAAUACAAUGA